UCUUCUGAUCAGAUGCUAUUGGGUAGACGAUUAGAGAAUAAGAAGAAGAAGAAGAAAGAUGAUGAACACUUCUAACGGAAUGGUAUCAGCGCCACCUUCCUCCUCUUCACCUGCCGCGAAUCCUCAGUCGCCGGGGAUUAAGACUUAUUUCAAGACGCCUGAAGGCAAGUACAAGCUCCACUACGAGAAGACUCAUUCUUCCAGCCUCCUUCACUACGCUCAUGGCAAAACCGUUACUCAGGUAACUCUAGCUCAGCUUAAGGAAAGAGCGGCUCCUUCCACUCCGACCGGUACUUCGUCGGGUUACAGUGCCAGUAGCGGGUUCCGUUCAGCAACAGCGAGAUUGCUAGGCACUGGAAAUGGAAACCGUGCGCUUAGUUUUGUUGGAGGUAAUGGAAGUGGCAAAAAUGCGAGUACUAGUUCAAGGAUUAGUGGGUCCUUUGCUGCUUCUAAUUCUGGCACGUCGUUGACGAAUACUAACUUUGAUGGGAAAGGAACUUACUUGGUCUUCAAUGUGGGUGAUGCUAUUUUUAUCUGUGACUUGAACUCACAAGACAAGGAUCCAGUAAAGUCUAUUCAUUUCAGCAAUUCAAACCCUAUGUGCCAUGCUUUUGAUCCGGAUGCUAAGGAUGGACAUGAUUUACUUAUUGGGCUCAAUUCUGGGGAUGUGUACACUGUAUCGCUGAGACAGCAGUUACAGGAUGUCUCUAAGAAGCUAGUUGGAGCCCUGCAUUAUAAUAAGGACGGCUCUGUAAAUAACAGUCGUUGUACAAGUAUUGCUUGGGUGCCUGGAGGCGAUGGAGCAUUUGUCGUUGCUCAUGCCGAUGGCAAUUUGUACGUGUAUGAGAAGAACAAAGAUAGUGCCACUGACUCGACAUUUCCUGCUAUAAGAGAUCCUACACAAUUUUCAGUUGACAAAGCAAAAAAUAGCAAGAGUAAUCCUGUUGCGAGAUGGCAUAUCUGUCAAGGUUCAAUCAACAGCAUUGCAUUCUCAAAUGAUGGUUCACACUUGGCUACUGUUGGAAGAGAUGGUUAUCUUCGCAUUUUUGACUUCUCAACGCAGAAGCUAAUAUGUGGUGGAAAAAGUUAUUACGGUGCUCUGCUGUGCUGUUCGUGGAGUAUGGAUGGAAAGUACAUUUUGACCGGAGGUGAAGAUGACUUGGUUCAAGUGUGGAGUAUGGAUGAUCGGAAGGUCGUGGCGUGGGGUGAGGGGCAUAACUCGUGGGUGAGUGGAGUAGCGUUUGAUUCCUAUUGGUCGUCACCAAAUACGGAUGGGUCAGGAGAGCAUAUCAUGUACCGGUUUGGAUCAGUUGGUCAGGACACACAGAUACUUCUCUGGGACCUGGAAAUGGACGAGAUCGUGGUACCACUUAGGCGACCUCCAGGAGGAUCUCCCACUUACAGCACGGGAAGCCAAUCGGCUCACUGGGACAAUGUCAUACCAGUGGGAACUCUUCAACCCGCUCCUUGCAAGCGUGAUGUUCCAAAGCUCUCACCGGUCAUAGCUCACCGUGUUCACACCGAGCCCCUCUCCGGCUUGAUGUUCACACAAGAAUCUGUGGUAACGGCUUGCCGAGAAGGGCAUUUAAAGAUCUGGACAAGGCCUAGUGCCUCAGAAACCCAAGCCAACAGCUCAGAAGCAAAUCCUGCAAUAUCUCUCUUGAGCACAAGCUUCCCCAAAGACAACAAAGGUUCACUGAGCAGCAAGAUCGGUGGUUCUAGUUUAAAGUCAUAACAGAGAUCAUACCGUCUGAAAAUCAGGUCCUAUUAUAUAGUCAUGUGUUCUCUCCAAUCUAAAGUGGAAAGAAAAGCCAUGUGAAUAAAAAUCUCUGCUGGGUGUUUUUCUUAGAGAGAUCAAAAUCUGAAAUCUGACUGUAUAUUGGAGGCUCUGACAAACUUGUGGGCGAUAGAGAAGAAGAUUGGGUGAGAGACUAAAGAGAAUUUUCUGAUGUAAUUAUAAGAAAGUGUUUGGUUUUUAAAGAGUUUAUGCCCAAAAAGACUUCCAUAAGCUAAUAAUGAAACACUUUGGUGCUUCAGAUGAAGACACUCUCUAUUUUCCUGCAGUUUUCACUUUGCAGACAUACACUAAACGAUGCCUCUGCAGAUAGUGUUCAUGCAUCCAAAACAUUUGUGGCCUUUGUUUGUUUCUAUAAAUUAUUAAGUACUGAAGACAUUUGUUUUUCA